GUAGUACAGUACAAACUUGUCGAAUUGAGAGUCGUAUUUAGUUUCUAUUAUAUAUGGCCCCUAAUCUUAAAAUGAAAUAUUUCAUAUUAUACGCGUGUUUUCUCCUUGCUUCGUAUGUCAGUGCUCAUUCCAUAUCUCGACGUAGCGACGAUUGCCCUGUUAGCUGUGAAAAUGGAAUAGUAGAGGAGACUCAAAUGGAGGCCGAAAGGAUAUGGGGGUUAACUAUAUCUGGGAGUGGUAGCUCAAUAUGUGAUGGAAGAUCACCAAAAGCUGAUGUUAUGAUGACAGCCCCUAUGGAUGCAUGCCUACGAAAGGCGUACAUUUGUGAGCUUGAUUUGCUUGAAGCUGCUGCUAUAGACGAUUGUGACGUUGAUGUUGGUGAUGGUGUUGACGGUGUUAAUAAUGAUGUUGAUGAUGAUGAUGGUGUUGACGGUGUUAAUAAUGAUGAUGAUGAUGAUGUAGAAGAAAGCGAAGCAGAAGACUUAUCGGAAGCCUUAGAAGACUUAUCGGAAGAUUUUCAGGAAGACAUACCGAAAGCGGCAGUCGCGACUGCUACUCCUAGCCAACACACAGUUAGGAAAGAUGCCCCUGACCCCGCAUUAUUUGAGAACCCCUCUGCAACUGAUGGUGUUGUUACCGAUCCUGAGACUCAGAACAUACAACCUGGCUCUAAGCUAGAAAAACCGAAUGAGGAGUUUGUCAUGUCAAAUGUAACUCAAAAGGCUGAGAAAGUAGCUUCUACAUUGGAAGCAUCAGAGGAGGAGGUCGUCCCAACAACAAUUGUUGUUCAAAAUACGACGGCCGAUAGUAGCGAGACGUCCACUCCGUUGAUGCUGAACAGCCUGUUGGCUCAAUAG